AUGUCACCUUCAACCUUCGAGUGGCUAUCCGGUUUACUCGAACCGCUACUCGAGUGCCGUGACCCGGCCGGUUCACCACUCAAUCUACCGGCCGAGUUGCGACUCGGUAUCGGGUUGUAUAGGUUGUGCACCGGGUCAGACUACUCGGAGAUCUCAACUCGUUUCCGAGUCACCGACCGAGUUGCGAAAUUCUGCUGUAAACAGCUUUGUAGGGUGUUGUGUACUAAUUUCAGAUUCUGGGUUGGGUUUCCUAACUCGGCCGAGUUGGACUCAGUGUCAGAAAAAUUCGAGGAGAUUACAGGUUUGCCGAAUUGCUGCGGUGUGAUCGGUUGUACGAGGUUUAACGUGAAGAAUGAGAGUAGUAUAGCUGCUCAAAUCGUCGUCGAUUCGUCGUGUCGAAUAUUAAGCAUUGUUGCUGGAUUCCAUGGUGAUAAGAGUAACAAAAGAGUGUUAGAAUCAACAACUUUGUUUAAGGAUAAACAAUGUGGGAAAUUGUUAAAUGCACCACCUGUUUAUGUAGGUGAAAUUAGUGUGCCUCAAUAUUUGGUUGGUGUAAAUGAUGGAUACCCUUUACUUCCUUGGUUGAUUAUCCCUUUUGAAGAUCCUAAGUUUGGAUCAAAUGAGGAAAUUUUCAAUGCUAAGCUUGAGUUUAUGCGAAUUUCGAUGGCGAAAACUGUUGCUAGUUUGAAGAAUUGGGGUGUUUUGAGUAGGCCAAUUGAGGAGGAAGUUAGGAAUGUUGUUGCUUAUGUUGGUGCUUGUUCUAUACUUCAUAAUGCAUUGAUUUUAAGAGAGGAUUAUUCAGGGUUGUGUGAUCAAGUAGAAGAUUAUAUGGUUGAUGAUCAUGGGAGAAUUCAAAGGGAUAGUUUUAAAAUGGAGGAGAUUGAUAAUGAUGGUUGUGUUGUUAGAAGUGCAUUGGUAACAAAAGUUCAAGAUUUUUCAAUGAAGAAGUGA